AUGGAUAAGCCCAAGUCUCAGCACGGUCAGGACGCCGGUCGUCCCCAGCCCGGAGAUGGACCCCGCCCCACCGUCGACGGCCCAAACGCUGAUGAUUUUUUCUCCUCCAUUCCGUUCGGCAGCACUGCCCACCAUCAUCCCUCCACGUCUUCCAGAACGGAGAGCAUCGACUCUUUCGCCAACGCCAUCGCCCAGCGUUUCGGACAGUCCGACCUUCUCACAGCCCGCCUCAUCCCGGAAUCCCACCGCAGAACCUCCCUCCUCCCCCAUUCCCCCAUCCCCCACUUCAAUCUCUCCCCAUCAACUCCGAUGGCCCAUCCCCGUCGCCCACCCAUCUCCAACGCCCCCUCCCUCACCCCAGCCCAGCCAUCCGUCGCCCCUGAGAUUGACUUCCCAUCCGUGUCCCCCGCAGACCUUGAUCAAUACCUCGACGAUGUAUCCACCCUCAUACUCGAUAUCCGCCCCCAUGCCGCCCACACCGCAGCACGCAUACAUCGUUCCCUCUCCCUCUCCGUCCCUUCCACCCUCCUCAAGCGUCCACUUUUCUCCCUCGCAAAGCUCACCCAGAUGCUUCCCUCCCCCAAUGCCAGGACAAAAUUUUCGGCCUGGACCACCGCUUCCCGCAUCCUCGUCUACGACACUGACUCUACCGUUAUCCCCACCUCAUCCAACAUCUACGGCCUCCUCCGCAAAUUCCGUCUUGAGGGCUUCAAGGGCGAGCUUGUCUGGCUUCGGGGUGGAUUCCAUACAGUCUGGAAAGAUCAGCGCCAUCUCGUCACAAGCGAUCCAGCGUCACCGGAGGAAGAUGACGAGGACCAACCGCGAGCAAGUGGCGUACCGAGUGGUGCAGCCAUGCUUCGCACGAGGCAUCUCCCCAAGUCCGCCUUUAAUACCUCUACGAUUGCCGCGAGCGGUCCAUCAGUAGGUAUAGUACCCACAACACGGGCCUCGAAUCCCUUUUUCGAUACCAUCCGCCAGAACGUCGAACUCUCCCAUGGCAUCACUGAGCGUAUACCCUUGCGUCUCCCGAGACGGGUCCGCAGGCGCAUCCACGAUCUCCCCUUCCGCUGGCUGCAGCAUAUCGCUCGUCGCAGCGCCAUCCGUGAGCUUGAUCCGGGCGAGUCCUCUGACUCAGAGGAGUACAUGCCUGGAGACGACGAGCCUAACGACGGUGAAGUCGACGAAGGCUCGGAAACACUCGCAAUGCAGUUUUACCGCAUAGAGCUUGCUGAGCAGCGUCGUCUCUUGACCGUCAUGGAGCACCACUCCCGCGAAUCAGGUCCUAUUGCCGGUAGAAGUGUCUUCGCCGUUCCGAGUUCGCCGCACUCGAGUAAAGAAGCUUUCCCAUUCAGUAUCAUUGCAGGUGCACGAGCAGUUGGCCCUCCUGAGGACAAGCAUGCCGACCUCUCGAGCGUGAGGGUGGCGCCUGAGCCUACCCGUCCACAGGUCGACAACACCGUCGCCGCGUUGGCACUGGAACGGCCGGCAUUUCGACGUAGUUCGGAUAGCUCAGCGCGUUCCAGCAGCACAUCGGUGUCCAGCAGUGGCAAGAAUACUCCUAGUAGCAGUGACGGGGCAAAGAGAUCGCCUGACUUGAGCAAGUCGUCCUUGGCGCCCUUCAAGCCAGGAGAUUCCGCCUCACAAGCGCAGGCUUCGCGAAAAUCGUCGCCUCCUCAAAGUGCCGGUCCGAGCAAGAGGAGGUCGCCUCCAUCGGCAAGGUCCUCAGCGUCGCCGCAAGACCAUUCAAGAGUACACUUUCCGUCCAAAGAGGCAGCUGGAUUAGUGCCUUCAUCCAAGUCGAGUCGGCCAACAUCGGCUCACCCCGGUAUAUUAUACCUGCCUCUUGCUCCACCAGCCGGGCUCGCAAUGGGUCCAGCAACAACUUCGUCACCAGCCGGACUCAUUCGUUCACCCUUUGAGCGCGAGCUGUCUCCGGAAGACGAUUACGUGAAUGCAUCGUAUGUGCAGCCUUUGGGUACUCCCAAGCGGUAUAUCGCCACGCAAGGUCCUCUCCCUGCCACCUAUGUUGAUUUUUGGACCCUAUGUUGGGAGCAAAACGUGCACGUCAUCGUCAUGCUCACCCGCGAGGUUGAGAAUGCAAUGGUCAAAUGUGGCACGUACUGGACGGACACAACCUACGGCCCUCUACGUCUCCGCCUUGUGUCAUCUUCUCCGGCAGUCUCACCGUCAGAGACGACUGAAAACAAGGGGUUUUUCUUCGCGCUUCGUGAUCCAACGCCCGGUGGCGUGCACAACCGUCAGAGGCGUCAUACGACAAUCAAACGCAUCUUCGAGCUCAGCCAUGACCAAUACCCAAACGUACCCCCUCGCCGCCUAACCCAUUUCCAAUACUUGGAGUGGCCCGACAUGAAUGUACCGGAAGAUCCUCGCGGGGUCCUGCAGUUAAUUCGCGAGGUCGAGCGCGCCGUCGCUGAGUCGUCCCCUGGUCCUUCACCUAGCAGCACGACUCCCGACACUUGGCCAUCUGACAAUGAGGACACCCUGGCGGCAUACUUUUCCCCUGGCGGCUCUCAUCACGUUGGGACGGACAAGGAACGUUUUCUGCAUGCUUGGCGAAACCCUGAACUUGACCCCAAGACGGGUGUCGCCAAAUUCGCGCUUGGCAAGCGCUCGCCAGUGCUCCUUCACUGCAGCGCAGGGGUCGGGCGCACGGGCGGGUUCAUCACCGUCGACGCUGUCCUAGACGGAAUCAAACGCGAAAUGCGCAAGAGACGGAACAUGCGUUCGCAGCAGGCAGCACAGGAGAUGGCGAUGGACGUCGAUGAACCAGAGACAGUCAGUGAAACGUCAAAGGAGCCCCAGGACGUGGCGUCAGAGGGGGGUGACGUUAGCGCUAGCGGUGAGCUGCCCACAGCUGCUAGCUCCAAGGCCGAGGCGGGAGAUUCCAAAGAAACACGACGCGCUAUGAACGAUGCUCGUGCUCAGCAAGCUGGAAGCCCAAUAGCAGGCACUGUUCCUUUGCACGUUACUGCCGGCGCUGAUCGCAAGAAACCUCGGCGGUCGCAGCACCACCCUCACCACGGCAAGGUAGUUGGAGAGAACACAGAUUCGUCCGAGUCGCUCGUCGUGCAUGUCCCAUAUGCCAGCGGUGGAGAGGGUACUAUCGGUCCGGCCGAUGACAAGAUGGAUCUCGACAACGACGACAAGGUUCAGCUUAACGUAACCAAGGGUGGCUGGCAGUCCACUUCCACCCGUGAAUGGGCCGAGCAAGUUUCUGACCAAACAGGCGCUGGAACCAUGCCUCAGACCCUCAGUGACCCAUCACUUCCUAUGCCCAUGUCCCUGUCUGCGCUUCCUUCGCAUGUUCCUUCACGAAACCGAUCUCCGACAAGUGGAAGCGUGAGCAGUGGUCCUAGCGCUCUUAACUCUGCGGAUGAUUCUAUCGGCGUGGGUGGUGGAGCUAGUGCUGCUGAAAGCGCCGGCGGGAAAGCAACGAGUCAACGGAGUGGAGCGAGUGGUGGAGGCAGUGGAAGCGAAGGGAGUGCGGCUGGGCUGAGCGCAAGUGGGUCUGGUGCUGGCAGCGGUCUGGGAAGCGGGGGGAGCUCGGGCAUUGGGAGUGGUAUCAGUGGGCUGGCAAGCGGUGGCAGCGGUGUAACGAGUGGUGUGGAUAGCGGUGUGGAUAGUGGUGGCAGUGGUGUCGUACCCCCAUCCUCGUCUAUCUCUGGAAACUCGGGAUCGCUAUAUGCGAGCGGGAGCGGAGCUACGACAUCAAGUUCUGCACUGGGCUCUAGCGGGUUCAUGGGAUUCAUGCGACAGCGGUUGCAGGACGACUCUGGAACAUCGCUCUCCAACAUUUCCCAAGGAUCAACGGGAAGCAGGAGUAAGAGCGGAUCUGGAAAACCUACCCGACUCUCCUCAGCAGUCCACUUUGGCAGCGAAAGCCCUAUGAGCGGUGCAAGCAAGUCAGGGGAGAGCAGGAGUGGUGGCGACAACGAGGAAUACAAUAUGGACAUCGUUGAGCAAGAACGGCCCCUCAGUGUUCCUGUCCCGAUUCAGGACCUUGCUCUUUCCCCCGCCGGCGGCCUGCCUUCGCGCGAAGGUUCGCAAGUGCAAUCUCGCGAAUCGCCCCCGCGGUCCGGACAGGAAGCCGUUCAAUUCAAAGAAGCUUCUGAUUCACCAUCUUCGCGCCUGAUAACAACACGCCAGCGUACAAUGUCUCCGGGUCGCGUGGAGGAGGGUGCCUCGCUUGUCACCGACGUAGCCGCUCAGGCUCCGGGAGAGAGCCAGAAGCAAUCGCUGCGCUUGGGCCCCGGCUCCGAUAAGUCCUACGAUUCCUUGAAGAGCAGUGACAGUGGUGUAGGCGCGGAUGCCGAGAAAAGUGGGAGCGGAGGAGACGGCAAUGUGCUCUCAGACGGGAGCAUGGGAAUGGUGCCUAGCUCGAGGUCCGAUUCUUCAGGCGAACAAAAGGCGAAAGUUGGCGGUCACUCUGGAUUAUUGAAGGAUAUUAGCAUGGGCAAUGCAACGGUCGAUGUCGAUGAACCCGCGCCGAUCUCAAGCAAGCCGCAGCUGCCUCCGUCGGAUGGCAUCAAGUCUGGCCCGCUCCAGAAGACAGCCCAAAUUCAGCCCCCGACGUCGUUACCGCGCGUACCUGAAAAUUCCGAUCUGCCCCCCGCGCAUUCCAGCCACCCGCCUCCCACCGGCAAGCACCCUCUGCCCUCCAUCAUCGAACCAGACCAGCGUGCUGCUGGUCACUCCAUGAUCGAUUACAAGCUUCCAAGGACACUCCAUUCCGAACUCUCUCCUCCCCUUCUCUCCUCGUACGACGACCCGAUAUGCACCGUCGUGCAGGACAUGCGCGAGCAACGCAUGAGCUUGUGCCAAAGCUUGCGUCAAUACGUCUUCGUCCAUGCUGCCGUUAUUGAGGGCGCUUUGAUGCUCGCCGACGAGGAGCGGGAGCUGUACGGUGACAGCACAACUAGCGAUAGCUCGCCUGGUGGCCCUAUCAGCUCUGGAAUGAGCUCCUGGGGUGGUCCCCGCAAGAACGACGAGGUCGAGGUCACCAAAGCAGGCUCCUGGUUCGCCGCCGCCAUCAUUCCCGAUAAUGAACCGGAACGCAAGACCGCCAUCCGCCAUCGCGUGCAAUCCUUCCCACCCCGGAGGUCACUUGCUGGGAGCCCCGCCAGUAGCAGCAAUGGCGGAGGUAUGCCGGGCACAACCUUGAAAUCGUCGGGAUCAGGAGUGUCAGGGUCUUUUGGAUCAGGAUCUAAAGGAUCGGGCAUGUCGUCAACACCAUCGUACGGGAAGAGGCGCGCCAGCCCGACCGAGUUGCCCAAGGAAGACAAGACGGGUAGCACGUCGCUCGCAAAACGGCCCAGCAUAAAGAGAAGGACUCACGGUAGCGAAGAUAGCGUUGCCGAGUUCGAGGCUGAAGGAUCGGUGGCUACACGGACUGGAAGGUCUUGA